GUGACGGACGUUCGAAUAGUGCGCGCUCUCAAAUAUACGCGUUUAAAGGCUGUGAACCCAAUGGUGGAUCUCUCACUUUUCUUAUCGUAUACCUGUCUUGAUCGAACUGUGGUGUAGUUGAAGUUGAAGAGUGGUUGAAAGUGUGUUAAGUUGCAGUGGAUCGUUUAAGAGAAAAUUAAGUUUUUCGUACAAAUAAAAUAUGAUGUUUUUCGAUCGUAAUUAGUGGAUCCAAUAUUCUUUACGAGAUGCGUUUGUCGGCGAGGAUUAAAUGCUUCCGAUAUUUGGUAUAUGCAUAUAUCGUUCUGAUCUCGAUCUGUGGUGGCGCUCAGCUGGUCAUUGGCGCGUUUCUGCUAUGGACUCAUCGACAGUAUUCGACGUUAGUUAACGACAUGUUUUGCGAACCCUUCGGAGUUCUCAUUGCGCUUGGGCUGGUCUCACAGCUAUUGUGCUAUUUCGGUUGGACGUCGACGAGCAAAAAGCACCGAUGCUACUUAGGAACGUUUAGCGCCUUUCUAGUGAUACUUAUUGUGGCCCAGUUUCUCAUCAGUGGUUGGGCGAUCGCAACCAAAACACAGCUCAUCACACCGGCUGAAUUGGCCAUCGAGGCCAACUUCGGUCAAUUCAUCGCCCUGGACGGGGUUUCGAAUGAUCAGACGCACAUCUGGAAUCGAUUGCAGCGGGAUAUACAAUGCUGCGGAGUCAAUGGAAUUCAUGACUACAAAAAAGUGGGCGUGCCAUGGUCCUGCUAUGAUCCCAUCAACAGUAAAGUGUACAGUGCCGGAUGUAUGCACAUGUUCGUCAAAAGCAUCGAGGUCAACAUGAUUCGUGUGGCGUUAGUAGCGAUUGCGGCCGCUCUAAUACAGAGCCUGGGCAUUUUCUGUGUUAUUCAAUUGGUGAUGCUGCUCAAGAAGCCAAAAUUGAUGCUUCCAAUCGGGGAUAAUCAUUCGCUCCGGGUCAAACGGACCCGUGAAUUAGUGCCACUGUCAUCGGAAACUGCCACCACAAGCAGUGCCCACGCACACACCAUGGCUUCGACAAUUCCGACAAUGCCAAUGCCGACAAUGUCAAUCCACAGCAGUACAAAACCGCCGAUUGCAGCGAAACCGAUCGUGCCUAAGAUAGAACAUCCCAUAAUUAAAUGACUUCCGCAGUAUCCUCGGAUCGAUCAAGCUGCAUUUUUAUUUUUUAUUUAGAUUAGGUACGUCGUAAAUAUUUUUAAUCGCCUCCAGAAGCAGUUAUCGACCGGGCUAGUAAAUGCCCCCUACUCAAUGAAACACCAGCCAACAGCCAUUUCGUCCAUAUGUUCGUUAUUACUAUUAGUGAUAAACGUGUACUUAUCACUGCAUAUGAUUAGGUAUAUAGGUCUUAAGGUUCAUCGAUGUAGUUGUUAUCUCUUUUUAUCAUGGCUACCGCGUAUCAAUCAGAUUUAGGACUAGCUAGUAAGUUUCAAACGUAUUCAAAUCGGCGAAUGUACUUAUAUUAAACAACAGGAAUCAUUUUCAA